UGCGUGGGGUGUUUGGCCGUGGGGUACAGGGGGGCCCCCCCCCACGCUGAUUCCUUCCAGCCCUGAGCGCCCACGGCUGAGUCAGGCGUGGGAAAAGCAGCCCCCGAGUGUUUGCUGAAGCUUUCAUCCUAUGGUGUGUCCCUGUAUCCCUAAAGUCUGCUUUUGAUGUGUUGGGACAUCAAAGCGAGUGUCUUACAAAUUGGGGGGCAUGGAGAGUUCACAGGUGUUGGUUGUGCUUAACAAGGGAUCUGAGUGGGAGAGAAAAUGGUCAUUAAUCUCCAUUAGUUUUAUAUUGAUUCGAGUCUUCUGUUGGCUUUUCCCCUGACUCUUGCAAGAGUGGUACAGAAAGCUCUCCCUAAUUAAACCAAAUAAGGUAAUGGAAUAUAAUUUACUUGCAGGAAAGAACUCAAAAGCAAACCCAUGUACUAUGGAUCAGACAGCUCUUUGAUGUGUCAUUUCUGGCUUGAGAAGCUCAUUACCUUCCUUGGGUUCCGUCAGCUCAGCUGGCACUGCAUGACCAUAACUGAACAAUGUCUGUCCCACGUGGAGCUGUCCAUGCAAAAUGGAUAGUGGGGAAAGUCAUUGGGACCAAAAUGCAGAAAACUGCCAAAGUGAGAGUGACCAGGCUCGUGCUGGAUCCCUACUUGCUAAAGUUCUUUAACAAAAGAAAAACCUAUUUUGCCCAUGACCCCCUGCAGCAGUGUGUUGUUGGAGACAUUGUUCUUCUGAAAGCUCUGCCUGAGCGAAGGAGCAAACACGUGAAACACGAACUGGCUGAAAUUGUGUUCAAGGUUGGCAAUGUCAUAGAUCCCAUCACAGGAAAGCCCUGUGCAGGAACCAGAUUCCUGGAAAACCUGUCAGAUUCAGAAAAUCUCACCGAGGCAGAUACCACCUAUCUAAGUGAGAAACUUCAGGAACUUAAAGUUUGUUCAACAGACAAAUAGUGGGGGAAAUACUUUAAGCAGAGGGCUUCCGGCUUUUGUGUCUCUGUCAGGGAUAUUUGAGGCCCUGCUGUGAUAUGUUAAAUGUUCCAGUGAAAUUUGUAGUCAAAAUAAAUAGUACAUGUAGUUGCUUAUGCAAAGAGAUGUUGCAGAUUGAUGGGCACCUGGAGCUUUGAAUGAAAAUGCAGAGAAAAAUGCAAGUUUAGUGUUCACACUUCAUUUUGUUGCCUGUAGUUUUGCCCCAGUGACAGUUCCCAAAGGCAGCUGCCCUCCUGGAAUGGCCUCUCUAUGUUAAGACAAGACUACAACUGUGUGGUGUUUAAUUUUAGUGGGAGGAUCAUUAUAUUAUUUGGUUGUUCUGUAUUUCAGUCAGUCUUUUGUGGUUUGUAGGGUUACUGGAAAUGAUGCUAUUAAAGCUUUUGAAAGGAAGUGUAGAAUUUUAAAA